AUGCCAAAGCAUGAUCAGCACAAAGAAUUGAACUUGAUGAUGAAUCGCCAAAAUGAUGAUACUGCAGUAUCCGAAGAGGUUUACAAUAUUAUCCCACUAGACAACUUCUCCGCUGAUCAUCCCUGCCGCCGGUUUCCCCAGGUCCGGCUUGCCAUUGCCGCCCUGCACGCAGUUGGUGACCUCCGCCCGCCACAAUUCUUGUCCUGGAAUCCGGACUCCGAUCUCCUCGACUGGCUAGGCCUCCACUUCGUCACAUUUAGCCAGAGAGAUCCCGGGGGUCAGCUUGUCAUAGGUUGUCGGAAAGCUACGACCACUUCUGAUAUGCAGGUAGUUAGCUCAGUCAUUAGUUUGUUAGCUGUUUCUGUUUUUUCAUUUUCUAUUUUAUUAGUUGUGUUAAAUAGCUUAUUUCACACGCUAUCAAGUAGGAUUCCCAAAGACCUGCCAUUCCACAUGGUGGUUCUCCCGGAGAAACGUCAGAACUCAAGUACUUCAUCUGCGAAAGAGAAAUGA